AAUGACGUUUUCAGUGGUAAAACUUUAAUGGCUGCCGUUCAGCAAACGGAAAAUUAUUUUUAGCUUGUGAAAGAUUUUUUUGGGAAAAGUAAAAGGAAUUGAUAUAACGAAUUUUUAUAAAUAAAUGUAUCUGUAAGGGUCGCAAAUAUGGCCAACGCAGCUGCAGCACAAUGGGUGAAAUUUUUCAAUGCGUCUGGUAUACCUUCUCCGGCGGCAGCCAGCUACGCGCACAUAUUUGUGGAGAAUCGCAUACAGAACGACAUGCUAAUGGAUCUCAAUAAAGAAUAUCUGCGAGAAAUGGGUAUAACACCAAUGGGCGAUAUAAUCGCAAUAUUAAGACAUGCCAAAAAUGUCAGUGAUCAAACUGCUCGAGAAAAAGUACUCACCAAUUCUGAAGUGUGUGUACCAAUCGCGGCUGUACCAGCAAAUCCUCAUUUAUCACAUGAGCGCCCCUCUACGACUACCAAAGUAAAACCAAAGUCGGCACUAGUAACAUCGAGCAGCGGCAGCAAUAGAGUUUUCGUCAAGACCUCCGAAGAUUUUGAAUCAUCACUUCCAAAACAAGCGCGGCGUGUUUUACCUGAGCAUGAAGGCAAAUAUAAAAUAAAGCUUCCCACCGGCAGUACGAAACGCAGUAGUGAAAUACUUGCAACAAAAGAAAAGUUGUAUUCAGAACGUGAAAGUAUGCAACGCUCGCAUGUCUUCGAACGUCUAGCCAAGAACUCUGCCUCAACUAUAGAUUUGGCUAAUGAUGAUACAGAUGAGGGUGAAAUAAGCAGUAAGAGUAGCUGCUGCAGCAACAGUGACAAUCUUGAAGGUACUACCGUACGUAACGUGCGAGUACGAAUUACUGGUGUUGGUGGAAAAGAUGUCAAAACAACAAACAGUUCAUCCAUAUUUUCGCGUUUGGGUGGGAAAACUCAAGUAGAUGCAGAUGAUGAUCUCAUCAUAGCGAAACAUAUUAAGCCCAUACUGAAAAAUGCAUCGAAAACAACAAAUCGUUCUGCAAUUAUUAAGGCUAAGACUGUCGCCUCAAAUAUAUCACCAGUGCGCAUACAUACACAAAAGCAAAAGGUUAUACUAGUGAAGAAAGUGCCAUUGAAGACCAACGAAAGUGAUGACAAUGAUAAUGAUUCAAUGAAUAGUGCUAAUGAUAUGGAUAUGGAUGACAUUGUCACCAGUUCAAAUGCUGUGAGCAGCAGUGAGAAAAUUGUCAAAUUCGCGUCUACGGCAGAGGUGCAUGAAAUAGCUCCGGAGCCUCGCUUUAAGUCAGCUGGCGGCACACAUCACGGAAAAGCUCCAGGCGGCGUUAAGUCCAGAUUGGGUUUAAACACAAUCUUGCACACCACGAAGAAAGCUUACAAUUUAAAGGCUGCCAGCAAUAUCAGUCCCAAAUCACGCGUUAGUCCAGUUAAAAUCAAAUCUAUUCGAUUAAAGUCCGACGAGAUUAUGAUGCGCCAAGAAAUACCAGUACAUCGUCGCUUGGGUGGUGGAAGCAAUAUGAACAACACUUCAAUGCAAGGAAAGUCUGUGUCAUCACUUUCAAAGCGCAUCAGCAAAGUGAAUAUUUCGAGGAAUUCACCGGCAAUGCAAAGGAAGCAACAACAAAAAAAUUCUGGAUCAGUUUUCGAUCGUUUGGGAUUUAAUAGUUAAGCUAAUAUUUUUAUAAACGACUAAUUUACAAUUUUUUAUGGUGUGUUAAGAAAUUUUUUUGAGUUUCACAUAAUUCUAAAUAAAUUCAAAUCAAGAAGAACGCAGUAAUAUGAUUACAUUAUAAAUAAAUAACUCUAAGUAUAAGAACAUAAAACAUAAACACACUUUCAUUAAUUUAUAGUUUUGCCGUAAUUUGUGAAAUUAAAUUUAAAUAAAAAAAAAAUACGUA